AUGCUCGAUCGGGGGAGAUGCCUUGAAACCCUUCGCAACUGCAAAACUCUUGGUGCUGCGAGGGAGAUCCAUUUGGAAAUCAAGAGGGUGGUGGGAGCCAGUGAUGAUGUUUUCCUCUACAACAAGGUCAUUGAAAUGUAUGGGAGGGUCGGCAGCGCAAGCGAUGCUCAAGAGACCUUUGCGAGCCUGGGCAGCAGCGGCAACGUUUUCAGCUGGGUUUUGCUCAUGUCCGCAUAUGCCAAAGCUGGGCAUCUGGAGAUUGUCAAAACGCUGUAUGAUCAGAUGCCGCAGAGGGACAUGGUGUCGUUUUCGUUGAUUCUGGUCGCGUUUCUUGACAACGAUGAUCUUUGUGCUGCCGAGGAAGUUUUCUCCGACAUGCCUGACAAGGAUAUUGUGUGUUGUACUUCAAUGAUCGCAGCAUUUGCCAGAGUGGGGAACUUUCCUAGAGCUCAUCAUAUCUUUGAAGAGAUGCCACAGCGAGAUCUUGUAGCCUGGAACAGCAUGCUCGCAGCAUUUGCAGGAGAAGACGUUGGAUUUGCACAAGAAUUCUUUGAAAAACUCCCCGAGUGGAACUUGGUCUCGUGGAACUUGCUGCUUGACAUGUAUGCACAAAACCGGGACUUUAUAUCCGCUCUGCGCUUAUUCGAGGCGAUGCCAGAGAGGAAUUUGAUGUCCUGGACCUCGAUCCUGAUCGCAGCUGAUAACAACUCUCGAGUUGCGAAAGAGAUCUUUGAUCGAAUGCCUCAGCACGAUCUGGUUUCCUGGAAUGCGCUUCUUAAUGCAAAUGCCCAGGCGGGGAAUCUCUGCGAAUUGCGGGAGCUGUUUGAUCGAAUGCCGUGGCGGGAUUUAAUCUCGUGGAACGUUGUUCUUGGAUCUAUGGUGAACGGGCAUGAAGCCGCCGAGCUCUUCCAUUCGAUGCCUUGCCACGAUUCGUACUCCUGGAGCUCGAUCCUGGCGGUCCAUUCCAGGAACGGGAAUCUGCAGAAAGCACAGCAGAUCUUCUACCAGAUUCCGGAAUGGAAUCUUGUCCUGUGCAAUGCAAUGCUAGCAGGUUUUGUGCAGGCCGGGGAGCCGUCGAUUGCCAAAAACUUUUUUGAUUCUAUGGUAGCGAUUGAUUUGGUCUCUUGGAAUGCAGUGCUUGCUGCAUAUGCCCAGAUGGGAGAUCUAGAAGUAACAAAGAGCACAUUCGAUCGAAUGCCUGAGAGAGAUUCUAUUUCGUGGACGUGCAUGCUAAGCUCUUACGCUUGCGUGGGAGAGAUUGAAGAUGCUCAGAGAAUAUUUUAUACAAUGCCUCAUAGAAGCUCCAUUUCAUGGAAUGCGAUGCUUGCCGCUUAUGCCCGGAAUGGGUACAUGAGAAACGCUCUUUGUCUCUUUGAGCGCAUUCCUUACAGUUUCUUGGGUGUUGCCGAAUGGAGCGCGGUGCUCGCCUGGUGCUGGAGCAACGGGGAAUCGCGUGGCAUCUUUGAGAAUCUCUUUGCCUCGAUGGCACUGACCGUUCUUCGCGAUGAGUCUUCUUUUACGUCGGCGAUAAUCUCGUGCAGCCAUGAGGGAGACGUUUACUCUGGACGGUGUUACUUCCAGUCGAUGAUUCAGGACUACAACAUUUGCCCGGGAAUACAGCACUACAGUUGCAUGGUUGAUCUCUUGGCGAGGGGUGGCUACUUUGGCAUGGCGCAGGAGCUCAUUGAGACGAUGCCAUACGAGCCCAACUCGGAGGGAUGGAUGAGCCUGCUGGGAGCUUCCUGCAGAAGCCCGGAUGCUGAUUCAUUCAAGGAAAAGAGCUUUCGAGCAGUGGAAAGUGUCAAUGCCGGAGCAGCGUAUGUGGUCCUGGGAAAUGCGCUGAAAGCGUGA